GCGGCGCGCCCUGGGCCGGAGCUCGGGCCGCGGAUCUGCAGCCAGGCCGGGCCCGCGCGAGCUACGCCCGCCGGGCCGUCACGGGCGCCUCCCUGGGCGCUCAUGGUCAGAGGCCGGCGCCGGGGCGGACGCGCGGACGGCCCUGCUGACCUUGGCCGAGGCGCUCAGGCUUGUCCAGCAGCCCCGCGUGCUCGUCGGCGCGGGGCAGCGCGGCCGCCUGUCAGGGCGCGCCGGGCGCGAGGAGCUGGGGAGCGGCCUGAGCCCCCGGCGGGCGGCCGGUCUGCGGCCUGCGGGCCCGGGACACCAGGGGAUUCGGCUGUGUCCUCUAUGUGGUGGACUCUCCAGGCUAGGGCCGCGGGCGUCGUUGCGAGUAACUUGGAUCCACUUACAGAAACUUAUGGGAUUCCUUUUUAUUUACAGUACCUCGCCCACUGGCCAGAGUAUUUCAUCGUUGCAGAGGCACCUGGCGGAGAGUUAAUGGGUUAUAUUAUGGGUAAAGCAGAAGGCUCAGUGGCUAGGGAAGAAUGGCACGGGCAUGUCACAGCUCUGUCUGUUGCCCCAGAAUUUCGACGCCUUGGUUUGGCUGCUAAACUUAUGGAGUUGUUAGAGGAGAUUUCAGAAAGGAAGGGUGGAUUUUUUGUUGAUCUCUUUGUAAGAGUCUCUAACCAAGUGGCAGUCAACAUGUACAAACAGCUGGGCUACAGUGUGUACAGGACGGUCAUAGAGUACUAUUCAGCCAGCAACGGGGAGCCUGACGAGGAUGCUUAUGACAUGAGGAAAGCCCUUUCCAGGGACACUGAGAAGAAAUCCAUCAUACCAUUACCUCAUCCUGUGAGGCCCGAAGACAUUGAAUAAGCAUGGGCAGUGGUUCUUAGGCCGAUGCUCCAGAUAUUUUAUGGACAAUAUUAUUUUCAUUGGAUGAUCUUGGAGCUCUAUUAGGAGAAAAGUAAUCAUUUAGGUCUUAAAGACUUCAAGAAAAUGCAGGUUAUAAAUGUAUUUUAAAUCUCAUUGUUUCCAGUUAGCAAUAUCAUACCUACUAAAGCUGUUCAGUGUAAAAAAGUUCAAUCAAAACGGCAGCUAGGUCAGCAGGAAACAUUCCAUAUCAUGGUUCAUAAUCCUCACUAUAUGCUAGGGAAGAACCUGGCUCCAGUCUCCUCCUGAAUUUUGUGCCUGAGAACCACUGCUGCGUACACGUUUUUUAUUUUGUAUUGAACUGUUAAUUGAAGCUUUAAAAGCAUAUAUGAAAUGUAUAAUCUAAGAUGUAUAAUAAAAUGCACCGUUGACUCUCUGAA